AUGAAAUGUGCCACGGAAUGUGGAGUCCCACGUGAGGUACCCUUUCGUCUCGACUCCUCUCCAGCUGCCUCCAUUAACCCAACGGUAUUCCUCGAUGGAGCAGCCAGCUCAUGCAAAAAACACCUUUGCGUAAUGAAAUGCACUCAGGAAGGAUUCAACAAAGCUUGCCCUGGAGCUGGAGACCUUUUCAGG